AGAUGGGUGACUGGAGCUUCUUGGGGAACAUUUUAGAACAGGUGAAUGAGCAAUCCACCGUCAUUGGGAGGGUUUGGCUCACAGUACUCUUCAUCUUUCGAAUCCUGAUCCUGGGAACAGCUGCCGAAUUAGUCUGGGGAGAUGAACAGUCAGACUUUGUGUGCAACACCCAACAGCCCGGUUGUGAGAAUGUCUGUUAUGAUGAAGCCUUCCCCAUUUCCCACAUCCGUCUCUGGGUCCUUCAGAUCAUCUUUGUCUCCACACCUUCACUCGUGUACUUUGGGCACGCUGUGCAUCAUGCACGAAUGAAGGAGAAGAAGAAAGAGAGGGAGGAAGCUGAGAGACGUCGGCUAGGUGAGGUGGAGAACGAGAGGCUGAACUUAGCUCCAGUCCAAAUGAGGGGGGGCAAGAAGUUCCCACUGGAAGGAACGUUAUUGAGAACCUAUGUCUGCCACAUCAUUUUCAAAACCCUCUUUGAGGUUGGGUUCAUUGUAGGCCAGUACUUCCUGUAUGGGUUCCGAAUUCUGCCCCUCUACCGCUGUGGCCGGUGGCCCUGUCCCAACCUUGUGGACUGCUUUGUAUCCAGACCCACUGAGAAGACAGUCUUCAUUAUGUUUAUGCUGGCGGUGGCCUCAUUAUCUCUCUUCCUCAACCUCGUGGAGAUCAGUCAUUUGCUCAUGAAAAGGGUGCAGCUGGCUUUCUGGAAGCCAGAGGAGCCACCACUGGGGGAGAUCUCAGACAAACCCCUACAUUCCCUCGCAGUGACUUCCAUUCAGAAGGUCAAGGGCUACAAGCUGCUGGAGGAGGAAAAGCCAGUGUCCCACUAUUUCCCCCUAACCGAAGUGGGGAUUGAAGCUAGCCACCUUCCAUCCUCCUUCAAUGACUUCAACGAGAAGAUUGGUAUGGGGCCUCUAGAAGAACUAUCCAGGGCCUUUGAUGAGCGGUUACCAUCCUAUGCCCAAACAAAAGAGCAGGAAGACAGCAGGGAAGCAGGAGGUGAGCAAGAAGAGGAAAAAGAGAUGCUGAAAAGAGAUGGGCAAGGAGAGGUGAAGGGGUUGGAAGAGCGGGAGCCGUCAGCACCUGCUGAACUGGCAGCUGAUAUGAGACCCCUCAGCAGGCUUAGUAAAGCCAGCAGCCGGGCCAGGUCAGAUGAUUUGACUGUAUGAGGGUGUGGGCUGUGCGAAACAACUGCCAAAAACAAGAAAAAAAAGAGAACAAAAACCACUCCCCGAAACAAAACAAAAAAGAAAGAAAUCCCCAAGUCCUUGAAUGUUUUUAAGCAAAGUCCUAAAAUGGUCACUUGAAAAUUAUUUCCUAUUGAGACUCUCAAUUGGAAAGGUGCUGUCAUGGUAACUGUGUCCUACUUGUCAUGUAAGUCCCAGCUUGCUACCUACAGUAGCUUUACUAUGCAUGGCACUGAAGCGUUUUAAAACCCCAAAUAAGAGGAAAAGCAAAAUGUCUCCAUUGUCAGCGUACUUGCCGAGAGUUGUGUCCCACAUUUCACGAGGAUGUGGGGAGCCUGUCUCUUUAGCUAAAUACUGUAGUAGCUCAAUCCACAGCUCUCUUUCUGUGUUCCUUAUUUUGUUUAAGCAAGUGGCCUACUGACCUUGGCCUUCCCUUCACUGCUGGCGUAUAAUUGUACCUGUUUAAUUCUCAGAAAUGGAUCCUGGGUUCAGUAUCAUAAAACUAAGAUAUCAGAAUAUUGUCCCACAAAAGGGAAGAGAGGUCAAAAAUGCCCCUCAUUUCUUUGUGAGUGCAAGUUUGGGCUACUUAAAAAGAUCUUUCUAGCAGCACCUACAAGCAUUUGUGUUCUUUAAGUGACAUUGGUGGCUAGAAAGGUUUAGCUCCCUAUUAGAAUUUAAUAGAGGCCUACAAAUGGGUUAUUUGUUCCCAAUAGAGUUGUCUGGCCACAAGUCUGUAUCAAAUAGGAGAAAAGAAUAAAUUAAAGUGGUAUUUGUUGUUUAGUGUUGUGACCCGAGGUCUCGAAAUUGAUGCAGAAAAGGAGUUCUGUGAAGGCCUUUGAAAGUAAAUGAACAACCACAGCUUAAAGAGCAUGACACAAAAGGUAAGACACCCAGUCCUGCAUUUGUGGCUUGAUCCUGAAAAGUGCUUAGUUCCUGCAACUCCCAGAGGGUUAUGGGC